AUGACAAAUUGCAUAAAGAUUAAGCUUUUUUUAGUUACAUGUCUAUGUAUGCAGUACAAAAUGAUGUCCAUCCUCAAUAAUCUAAAUAUCAUGCAUGGUAUCAGCAAUCCACUGAUAAAGUAUAAUCCACAUGAAAUCCAAGUUAUCAUGGCGCUUGCAAGUUUAAAGGCGGAUUUGAUUGCACAGCUUCAACCUUAUAAAUCGCAUAUUAGUGGUGGUAAUAAUAUUCGUGUAUUCAAUGACGUUUCCAUUCGGUCUUCGCUUUACAAACAAGACAAUCCAGAGAUCAUGGGGUCAGAUGUUAUGGGUCUUGUAGUGAUGAAGAACGAUGGUAGGAUAAUGUUAAGCAAACAAGGCACGGAGAUCGAACUGUUGACCUCAUCACAGCUCGUAUUUAGAUAUUUCUUACAAUCAUUUGCCUAUGAAAACGAAAAAGAAGUCAUCAAGCACACAUAUAUUAUAUGCGAUGCGCAAAACAUGUAUCUAAUACAACGACCCUUUACACCCAGGUUUCAUAUGGAAGCACAGUUUGACCCAUAUAAAACUAUCAUAUUUACCUGCACAAAUGAAGACGUUCAAAACUUGUAA